CCUGCUGCUGCUGCUGUCAUGGCCAGUCCCAAUGUGCUUACCUUUGAUGCUGAGGGUCGAGCAGUCGAUUUUGAGGUCUGGGUCGAUGAUCUGCAGCUUUUCCUACAGUGCGAUAGCAAGGACGGUAUCUCACUGUUCGAUCUAACGUCUGGCGCCUCUGCUGCCCCUGCAGCCGAUGCUGACAGUACUGUUCGCUCGCAGUGGACCACGCGCGAUGCUGCUGCCCGCCUUGCUGUGCGUAGCCACCUGCCGUCCACUGAGCGCGCGCACUUUAGUCAGUACAAGACUGCUAAGACCUUGUACGAUGCUGUAGUUGCCCGCUACUCCUCCCCUGCCACUGCUGCCCUUAGUCGCCUCAUGCUGCCGUACCUGUUCCCUGACCUCGCCGCCUUUGCCACAGUCGCUGACCUCAUUACGCACCUCCGCACUAGUGACACCCGCUACCGCGCUGCACUUCCUGCUGAGUUCUGCGCCAAGAACCCCCCCCCCAUGUACAUCACCCUCUACUACCUAGUCACCCGGCUCCCUGACUCCCUUCGCUCGGUCAGGGACCACUUCCUCUCUCUCUGCCCCACCACACUCACCGUUGACCUCCUCGAGGAGCGCCUCCUUGCAGCUGAGAAGAGCAUAGUCACUGUAGGAGCCUCUCGUGGUGACCCUCGUGCCCCUUUCUUUGAGGGGUGCUCCCCCGUCCCCCUUUUGCCCUCUGUUGCCUCUGCUGCUGCUGUCGACCUCGUUGGCACCGAUUCGGUCGGCACUGCGUUUGCCCCUAGCGGGAGGCGCCGCAACGGCAAGGGCAAAGGGGGCAAGGGCGCUGGAGGAGCUGGCGGGGGCGGCGGUGGUGGCGGUGGAGGCGGCAGAGGGGGUGGGGGUGGCGGUGGGAGUGGUGGCGGGGGUGGGGGCUUCGGUGGCAGUGGUGGAGGCGGAGGCGGCGGCGGCGGUGGCGGUGGGAGUGGAGGCGGCGGCGGUGGCGGCGGUGGCGGCGGCGGCGGUGGAGCUGGUCGGGGUGGCUCUGUGCAGCGAGGAGGCUUCGGUGGUGGCCCACGUCAGCAGCAGCAGCGCUCUCGUGAGACCCCGCCGCCCCAGCAGCUUCGUGAGUGGUACGCCGCGCGUCAGCGGUCUGGGGGUGCUGGUCCCUGUGCCUACGUCCUGCGUACCGGCGACCGCACUGGGGAGCCCUCAAGUCGGUUGUAG